AAGUCAUAUCCCAUGUUGGCAGGCGAGAGAGAGGGUCGGUGAGAGCAAUACGUGAACAGAAUUUACUACAGUACAUCACCGAUCCUAUUUGCUCGAGAAAAAAAAUCUAAAGACUUGUUAAAAAUGACUUUCACCAGAAUUUCAGUUUUUAUUUUGGUCCUUCUGCCAAGUGUUGUUACCAGUGUAUCCAGCCGAUGUCAACAAGGCCGGAACUGUGAGUUACCAGGAUGUUACUGUAGUACUUUUAAACAUGAAAUGGACAAGGCAAAAAUACCGCAGAUUGUGUAUUUUGGAUUUGACGAUGCUUUAACAACGGUUCUUCCAGCUUAUUAUGAUCGUCUUUUUAACCAUACUUCAAAACGAAACCCGAACGGAUGCCCAAUUGGAAUGACUUUGUAUGUUUCCCACAAAUAUACACAGUACCAAUUAGUAAAUCGGUAUUACAAAGAAGGACAUGAAAUUGCCGUACAUAGUGUUACUCAUUCGCAUAUUAAGACGCGAGAAGAUCUCCAGCGAGAAGCAGAUAAACAGAAGAAAAAUAUUGCCAAGUUUGCUAAAAUUCCGCUUGAGGAUAUUAUCGGCUGGCGAAGCCCCUUCCUAGAAACGGCUGGUGACGAUCAAGCUGAUGUUUUAAAGGGGCUGGGAUAUAAGUACGACAUUUCUUUAACUUUCAAAAAAUCUAAAUUGAGUGGACAAGUACCAUUUCCUUUCACUUUAGACUAUGGAUGGACAUUUUACUGUCAAAUAAAACCAUGUCCUACAAAGCCACACAGCGGAUUUUGGGAGUUUCCUGUCAACGCCUUGAUGGACUUCAAGGAUCAGUAUCCUUGCGGGUAUGUUGAUGGUUGCUACAAUGUUCCCAAGACUGAAGAUGAAGCCUAUCGAUAUCUAUAUCAAAAUUUUAAAAGCGCCUAUGAAGGUAACCGGGCCCCUUUCGGACUUCAUAUGCACGCAGGAUGGUUUUAUACUAAGUAUCAAUUAGAUGCUAUGGAUAGAUUUAUAAACGAAUUACUUAAAUAUGACGAUGUUUACAUUGUUCCUGUAAGACAGGCUUUAGAAUGGAUGGAAAACCCAACUCCGAUCAAUGAAUUGGAUAAAUUAAGUACAUGGACAUGUCUAAAUCCACAACAACUCCCUUCCUCUCAGCACUUGCAGCAACAACAAAGACCAAACAUGAUAGUCCAACAGCCUCCAACACCGAAACCAACCAGUACAUCAACAACAACAACUACAACAACCACCACUACUACUACUACUACUACACCGAGGCCCCCACCAACUACAGUACGAAUUCCGGUCCCUGACCCUCCAAGAACUACCAGAAAGCCUGCUUGGAUUCCGCCACCACAGAGACCACCAGUUCCGAGCAAGAACUUCUGGUCAUGGGUUCAACCAUCUAAAAAGGUGAAUCCGACAACGACCUCAACAACUGCCCCAACAACAACAAGGGCUCCAACAACAACAACAACAAUGGCCCCAACAUCAACCACAACCUUGGCUCCCACAAGAAGACCUACCACCAAGCUUCCGAUGAAACAAAAUGAGCCAUUUGUAUUAACGUCAAAUUCGCUGAACGCACAAUACUUAAACGAAAAAUUUGCCCAUAACCAUGACAUGGUUGAAGCAUUGCAAGCUUUUACAACCACACCCCGAGCAGCAGCCCAAGGAUUUGUUGAAAUCACUCCUCGCCCAUUGGUUGCCAACAAAAUCCCACCACCAUUGCCACAACUUACAAACAGGGGUUGCAUACAGGGUACAAACUGCGAGUUGCCUAAUUGUUUCUGCAAAGGGAAAACGACACCAGAAAAUAUGGAGUGGAAUGACACUCCACAAUUCAUUUAUCUUACCAUUGAUGGACCUGUAAAUGACCGAAUUUAUCAAAAGUACACCCAGGUUAUUGGAAACUCAAGAAAAAAUCCUAACAGGUGCCCGGUAGCAUCUACGUUCUUUAUUUCCCAAACAGGAUCAUCGAAUCAAUUGAUUAAGAGUUUAUACAACAACCACAACGAAAUAGCACUGAAAGGCUACAGUGGAAUACCAACUUCAAAUGUUUCUAUGUUUGAGGAAGGCAUGAUUGCUCAGAUCAAAGUAUUGCAAAACAUGGGAAUCGAUAUAAUCCAAGGCUGGAGAAGUCCGCAGAUGAAACCACUAGGAGAUGAGCAAUUCAAAAUUCUGGAAACAUUUAAGUACGUCUAUGACGCCAGUUUAACUACCUCGCAGGAAGCGGGGCCUCGCUAUUGGCCGUACACAAUGGAUUUCAACGACGGAAAGAACUGUGUCAUUGAAAAGUGUCCGAGAAAUUCAUACAAAGGAUUAUGGGAAGUACCAAUGUCCCCUAUUUUAGACUAUCUUGGUCUUUUCCCCUGUAAUUUUGCCGACGGAUGCACUAAUUCACCAGCAACGGCAAAUGACACUUUUAACUUUUUAUGGAAAGAGUUCACACAGCAUUACACAACGAACAAGGCACCUCUUGGCUUACAUUUCCGGCAAAUAUGGUUUACACAUCCUUUCUUUGAGGAUAACCUUCGAGGACUUCAAAGGUUUAUGGACAAAGUUGGUGAAUAUAGAGAUGUUUACUUUGUGACCAUCAGGAAUAUGAUAGAAUGGAUGUCACAUCCAACUACCGUUAACCAGCUGAAUAAGGGGUAUUUGUGGCAAUGUUAAGGGGAGUCUAUUUUCUACAAAUUCCCUCCUUUAUAUUUCAAAGAAUGCAAAAACCUGUCUCAAAAUU